CGAGAACACGUAAUUUACUAAAUCAAAAUUAAACAUGGACGGCAUAGAUCAUAAAGGCUUUCUCAAGUUUAAGAAGCCGCAUGAUGAGCUUUUCGCUGGACAAAUAGACAAUACAGCGCCCGUGAGAAAGAUAGUCGAUGAUCUUGUGUACAUUAACCGUCAAGCGUUCGGGUUUAUCCACUCGAAUAGGCUCCCUCGGUAUUAUAACCUGAGAACAAACAAGCACUUCCUGAUCCCGGGCCACUUGCUCGCGGCCUUCCCGGACGACUGGGAUGGAGAUUUAUCCCUCGACUUCUACCAACCGUUCCGAUACAAGUCUAUGCAGCCAAAGAUGAUCGCGACAGUUGGCAAUAACAAUGACAAAGAUCCUAUAGCUGAAUUUCUGAAAUUGAAACAAAAGUGGUAUAAUGUAUUGGAGUGCCAGAAAAAAUCGGCUCAUAUAUUUAAAAUACCACUUGUUGCUCAUUUAAAAGAACACAGUGAUGACAUUAUCUCAUGUCCGAAGCACCUGUUGGACAUGGCGAGGCACUGGGAUAGCGACCCAGACCCAUACUUCAACAGUACUUAUAACUGGUACUAUGCUGGGAAUGGCAACAUGCAGCUUUUGUCCAUUGAUAGCAAGGACUACUUGAUGUGCAGUGAAAUCAACAUCUGUUAUUUAUUUGAAUUCAAUAGGGAUGAAGUGACAUUCAGCAGGGACGCAGCAGCAAUGUUUGACUGUGGUAAAGGCAACAAUAUCUGUGAAAGCAUAUGCUCCUCCCAAAAUAUCAUAGCUUUAAGGACUAAGUAUAAAAUAUUUGUACUCAAGAUCGUCACAACAGAUGACGAGUUAGAAAUAGAGCAGUUGAAACUAUCUGAAUCGAAAACGGCAUACACUGGCAUUUCGUUUGAUGAGUGUCACAAGAAUAUUUUGUAUGUGACAGAUUUGAAAAACACAUUAAAAAUAGUCAAUCUAGACCGGCUAAAAGCGAGAACUGUUGAAUUGAAAAACUCAGUUAAAAGUUUAGUGAACAAUUGGAGCACAGUGAUUAGUAAUGAGCGGGCAUAUUACACACACGUAUCUACGAGAGCUAUAACAUUGUAUGACAAACGAACAAAUGGUGCUGUACGUCGGUGGAGCAACCCAGAUAGAGUAGCAGAUGAUGCCAUAUGCAGUCUCAUCAGUGCCGCCAAAUAUUCCCUGAGCGGGCCUUACCUGUACGUCGCCACAAACCACAACUUAUUACUAAUGGACAUGCGAUACCAAAAGAAUUUAGCUCUGAAGCCCCUACAGAGGUGGACGCACGGCAUGCAAUCUUUCCCGUCUUACAUAUCAUUAUGCGGCUUCGAACGUGAUAAGGAACUGAUCUGCUUGUCGAGUCAAUGGUGUGAGGAUACUUGUGUCGUGCCCAAUUAUUUGCAGAAGGACUGGGCCGAUCCUGAAUUUAAGGGCAUGACGAUACCUUAUCGUCUGCCUAGUAUUAUUGAGACGUUAAACGUGGCCAAACAGGAAUCGCUAUGCACGGAUUUGUAUACAGCUGUAGAGAAUAGAUUGGUGACGGCGUUAUCUGGGAGCCUCCUGCUGGAAGACGGGGAGAAGUACGUGGUGCUCUCGCAGAACAGUCUCGGCGACGUGACGUCACACGUGCUGUACCCGGACCACAUGUCUACUCCGGAGGACGAUGCGCCGAAAGCCCUGCACGAGUGGAGCCAAAGUUACAAGGACGAGAAAAAAGACUUCAUAGUAACAUUUUACGCAGACAUUAGCCCAAUUUGGAAGAUGUUAGAGAAAAUUCCGGAAGGUGAAUUCAAUAAGAAAUUUGAGCACGAGACGACGAAUUUUAGUGAGCAGGAGGUGCUGGACGCGUUUGAAAAAGAGGAGAUUGAUAAGUCUCUGCUGGAUGUGUGGGUGGACAAGGAGGAAGACGAAACUAAAACCGAUGAUAGGGAUCAUGAAUCUGAGUCGAGUUUGUCGCUUGGUAUUAUGAAAGAUGAUGAUUAAUAUUU